CUGUAGCUACUCCUUUAAGGGGACCCGGAAGUGCUUGUUAAACCGGACGUACAGACUUCCCAAUGUGACUUACCUUUGCAAAUACUUAUGUUAUAAUUCUGUCUUCUUAGAGGUUUAAAGUCUAUAAAAUGUUUCUUACCACUGUAAAUUUGGCCAAGGCAAAAUCAAAGACCGUCUUGGUGCAGAUGAUGAGCGCUGCAGGGACAGGCUACUUCUUCAACACGAAGAGGAACCGUCUCAGAGACAAACUGGUGCUGCGCAAACAUGAUCCAUUUGUGAACAAGCAUGUCCUAUUCUUUGAGAAGAGGAAGAUCAAAUCAAUUUAACAAUACAGCACAAAUAUAUGGACAACAUUAAACCUGCUCGGUUUAAACAGACUAUUUUUAUUGUCGUGGAUUAUACAAGGUGUUUCGUCAGUCAACAUUUCGUACAUUUGGCUGGCUGACAUGUCAGAGGAUUUCUUCUGGGAUCUGUCAAAAUGCCUCUACUUUCCCCACUGCACCAGUUCAGCAGGAUGCAAACCCACGGCUGAGCAUCAAGAAAGUUAUGACAACAUUUUUAACAAGACACUACGACUCGUGUAAAAGAGAUGCUAUUCAUUGGGCUAUACAGUGUCUUUGAUUUGGCAGUCAAGUGUUUUGCAACUUCAUAAAUAAACCCGGUACAUGUAAUGAAACCAUUUGUGAAAAGUUAUCUGUUUGGGCUAAUUAAAUGUAAGUCAGUUAUGUGCAGUACAAGCUAAGCGUUAAGAUGUUUGUCAAUAAUUAAACUGGUUCAAAUGAUU